AAGAAAGAAGCUUUAGAGUUUCAAGACGGCGCUGCUCGAGUGCCAAAAAUAAUCGAACUGGAAAUGAACUUCGUGGCCAGUUUGUUCCGCAGUAGACAUACAACCAAUCGAGUGCCUGAUCUACUAUUGUGAGCUUUUGCACAUCUGUGGUUUUUUUAAAGAAUUGAGGAGUGUCAAGUUCCAUCAGGAACAAAUAGCGCAAAGACUAAAAGAAAGAGGAAACGGACACAGAAAGUUUUGUUCAUGCCGACGAUUGCAAGUCGAUGUUUCAUCUUUUAUUUCGUGCUGGUGUUUGUCGUAUGUCUGGCUAAAGAUGCGCACAUUGUGGCCAGAUGGGCGGACAAAUUGGGUACUGAGUUAUGGGAACUCGCAAACGAAGUGGCCCGACCUGACGAAUUGCUAGAAAAAUACAAAAAUAUGAACGCGCGAGUUGAAGAUAAGUCCGGAGAAGAGUUGAUCAACAUAAUUAGUGAAAAUGUAGGUAGGAUGCUGCGUCGAAAGAUGGACGCAGUAACCUGCAUUCGAAUAGCAGCCGAAGAGGCUGCAGAGAACUGGGACCCAUCUUUCCUAGACAACAACUUCUCCUACGUUUCCGGCAAAUGUAGUCCUGUCAUUGGACAUGAUUCAGCAAACAAGAAGGAAUACUGUGACAUUCAUAAGGAGAAUGUGAACGUGUUCAGAGACAUGGAACUGAUUUCGGACUCGCACUUCUACGAUAUUCCGGUUAAUACGACUUAUUCAUCGGUUCAUAUACCAACCAACGUGUACGAUCUCACGCAAAAUGUAUCUAAAGAUAUUGCGAGGACCGAACCGUUGGACGAUGUAUUUCGUCAGAAUUAUGAAUCUGAUCCAGCAUUGUCGUGGCAAUACUUUGGUACAGUCACUGGUAUACUCCGACAAUAUCCUGCUAUGCAAUGGCGAACGAACCUUGAAGAUACCAACGAUGACGACGAUGAAGAUGAUGACAACGAAGACGACGACGAUGACGACGACAACGACGACGACGACGACAACGUCGAUGAUGAUUCUCCUAAUGAUCAGUACGAUUGCAGAGUACGUAAUUGGUUUAUCGAGGCGGCCACGUGUAGCAAGGAUAUGGUGAUCCUAAUGGACGUCAGUGGCAGCAUGACGGGCUUUGGAAAAACAAUUGCAAAAACGACAGUGAGCUCGAUUCUGGAUACCUUGUCGAACAACGAUUUCGUCACACUGCUGAAAUACAGUAACGAAACGACCGAAUUCGUGCCGUGUUUUAAGGAUAUGCUAAUUCAAGCCACUCCAGAGAACCUUGACACAUUCAAGAAAUCCAUGGAGAAGAUUGAUACAGAUAACGUCGCCAAUCUCACGGACGCCUUUACAAAAGCGUUCAAUCUACUUAAAACUUAUCGGGAAGCACGAGGUUGUGACGCCGACUCACCGUGUAAUCAGCUAAUCAUGCUUGUUACUGACGGUGUUCCUGGAGGGAAACUGGGGAAUAAUUUGAAAGAGGUAUUCAAAAAAUGGAACUGGAAUGAAAAUAGUACUCAUGUACCGGUGCGGGUAUUUACAUAUCUUAUAGGCAAGGAAGCGACAAAGAUGGAUGAACUUCAGUGGAUGGUAAGAUCGUGUCUAAAUCGUGGCGAUUACAAGCAUGUACAGACUCAGGAGGAAGUGCGCGAACAAGUGCUCAAGUACAUUCCAGUCGUAGCGCGUCCUUUGGUACUUCAAAGUGUGGUACAUCCUAUCGUAUGGACGCACGCUUACGCCGAUAUUACGAAUCCAGCACUUGCCGCUUGGCUGUGGUGGGUGAUGAAGCAUGGGCAACAAAAGUCGCGACUGGAAAAAUAUCUGAAAGGAAAACAACUGGGCGUGCGAAUAAACGAGGACGCAAUCUACAUACAGCAGCUGCACAAAGACGAGAACAUCGAGGAAGAUUCAUCCACUCUGAACACCACAGCCUGGCAAGAAUAUAGGCUGUUGACUUCCGUGAGCACACCUGUGUUUGAUCGUAAGAGCAAUCGCAACAACAUGACUGAUGCGGCGAAUGACACACUGUUCGGCGUGGCCGGCACAGAUGUGCCGAUUGACAAUAUCCGCAAGCUUACGUUGCCGUACAAACUUGGCGUGAAUGGCUACGCCUUUAUUGUAUCCAACAAUGGCUAUGUGAUAUUGCAUCCAGACCUCCGACCAGUUUACAAAGGCCGACUUAAAUUGAACUAUAACAGCAUCGAUCUCACGGAGGUAGAAAUACUUGACGACGGACGCGAACCGAGAAAUCCGGGUCCCGAAAUAUUGGAGCUGAGAUCAGCGCUGGUGGAUCACAAACGAGGUAACAUGAUGGGGAUUCCCGUGAAAUUACAUUAUGAUGACAAUCGUCGAGUCAACCUCGAGAAACGUGAUUAUUUUUAUGCACCCCUACCUGGCACUCCAUUUAGUCUUGCGGUUGUUUUACCCAAUUAUGGAACUACUUGGAUUAAGGUCGGCGAUGAGAUUCGUAGAAACCAAAAUAUGAAUGUGAAUGUGUCGGAUUAUUUUAUCGGCGACCAUUGGCGAGUACAUCCUAGUUGGGUAUAUUGUCGUUACCAUUACUUGGAAGGUCAUGAGUUCAACAAUCCGGAAGAUGAAUUGCGUCAUUUCUUGGCGCUGAUGAGCCGGUCUGAUUGGUACUGGUCUGAGCAAUAUGAGGCUUAUUCAUCUAUAGAUGAAGAUGUUGAAGAACCCAACUGUGGCAGACAAACGCUCAAACACGAUGACUACUAUUGCAACAAAGAACUUAUGCAGUUGCUUGUAUUUGAUGCCAAGGCGACGAACAAUAGCUUUCGCGGUGAUUAUAUAGAGAAUUUGCCUCCAAGGGCUCGAGAUCUCGCACAUCACUACGGUAUCUUUGUAAGAUUUAUCGCGACGCAAAGCGGGCUCACCAGGUGGCAUCAUCUUAAGGCCAGCAAACUACCAAAUGCGGACGACGGCAUUGUUUUCGGUGAUCUUCAUAGACGAGCAGUGAAUGAGCCUUGGUACAAAGGUGCGAUCUUUCAAAGUGAACUAGAUUCCGAAAGUAUUUCUUUAUCUGUUCCAUGGGAAGCAGGCGCGGACUCGAUAGUCACUGCUUCGAUGACCUUGUCGCCUAAAGAUGGCGGCAAGAAAGCGCCAGCUGCUGUAGUGGGUUUUCAAAUGCCAAUGAAAGAUCUGUAUAAACGGUUCAUUGCAUUGACCUCAAACAAUCAGACGACAAAUCCGAUAAUGAAUUGCGCCCACAAUUGGAUUGACUGCUAUCUAUUAGAUCAAAACGGCUAUGUAGUGAUCUCAGACGCACAUAAUGAUACCGGGCAAUUUAUGGGCACUCAGGAGGGUGCCGUUAUGUUAUCCAUGGUCAAACAGGGUCUUUACAAUCCAGUUGACAUUUAUGAUUAUCAAGCAUGGUGUCAGGAGACUCGAAUCGAUAACUCUGCCAACAGCUUAAUGGAACCGUUACAACAUAUUGCGAGAUUGUUGCUCUGGUUUCUGCUGCGGUUGAUAUGGUACACGACCCAGUUUGUAAACUUGCCCGGUAUUCAUGGCAAAGUUCACUUCGAUGAGGAUGCACCAGAUCCGCCGCCGCCACCGAAACUCUACCUUUAUCACUAUCCCUGCGAUCAAAAGCGAACACUCUAUAUGUUGAACGAGACUGUCGCUGCUAAAGGCGUCACCAAUCACUCCGAUUACUGCUCACGACCUUUUUAUGCUCAAAGAGUUGCACAUACUAAUCUAUUGCUAGUUGUGGUGGACAGCAUGUACCCAACGUGCUACAAAAGAUUGGAAGUAACACCUGUCAGCAUCUCACCCCUCGAGUACACAAAUAGCACGGGUGACAAACCCUGUCAUAAGAUCCCAUUGAACACUCUGAAAAGGCGCAGGUUGAAGAAUUGCUUCACGGAACAUCCUCUGGAGCACGAGACUUACGGCUGCGGAGCAUCUGAAUUGAUGGUGUCCUUGUCACUGUUAUAUAUCACUGUUGCUAGGAUUCUGUAUAUCUUCGUAUGACGACAAAUUAGCUGUCUUUGAUACAUGGUAAUUGUAUUGUUUUACAAUAAA